AUGCCUUCAAAUGAUGAAGUUUCUAUCUCUGCUGCAAGAUCUGCAAACUCUGAUAUGUCCAGCCCCUAUUACCUUCACCCAUCUGAUUCACCAGGUAUGACCUUGGUGAAUUCUUCUUUUGAUGGAAAAGGAUUUGGGGGUUGGAGAAGGUCAAUUUUGAUUGCUUUGUCAGCUAAAAACAAAUUGGGUUUUAUUAAUGGGGUCAUCAAAUCCCCUUCUGAUACUUCUGCUGAUUUCAAUCUUUGGAAUAGAAGAAAUGACAUGGUCACCUCUUGGUUGUUGAAUUCUUUGUCCAAAGAAAUAGCAUCCAGUGUCAUUUAUUCUAAAUCAGCAGAGGAACUUUGGACUGCUUUAGAAGACAGAUUUGGCCAACCUAAUGGUGCCAAACUGUAUCACCUACAAAAAGAAUUGAAUGACUUAGUACAAGGGUCUAAUAAUAUAGCAGGAUAUUUCACAAAAAUCAAAUGUUUAUGGGAUGAACUUGAUGCUUUGACCAUUUCUGUUCAAUGUUCAUGCACUUGUACCUGCAGAGGAAAGGAAAAGGUGAUAAAAUCAUUUCAAGAUGAAAGGCUUAUUCAAUUUCUUAUGGGACUAAAUGAUGCUUAUACCGGAGUAAAGAGUAAUAUACUCAUGAUGUCUCCCUUGCCUAAUGUUAAUGUUGCCUACUCUUUACUCGUACAGGAUGAAAAACAAAGAGAGGUUUAUGUAAGCUCUCAAUUUCCGGUAGAAACCUCUUCAUUCUUAGCAGCAAAACAGGUUGUUCAUGCUCAACAAUCUUUCUUAACAGCAAAUCAUGCAGUUCCUCCUCAACAGCCCCAACAGAAGUAUUAUUCUUCUGAUUAUAAAGGAAAGAAAAACAACCUGAUUGUGCUUAUUAUAAGAAGGUUGGUCACUCUGUGGAUCAGUGUUACAAAAUCAUAG